AUGGCAGAUAUCCAACCCAGUAAAGCACUACAGUUUCCAGCAUGGACCAACGACAAUCAUUGUCUGGCACGCCGUGUCCUGAACUGCGACUUGUGGGAGCAGCUGAAGGACUUCAAGACGUCCUUGACUAGCUUUACUAUAAACGACGUGGUGCGGAGUGGAGUCGCAGUUCCCACCAGCAGCAAUGGGGUUUAUGCAGGAGACGAGGAGUGCUACAGACUGUACAGUCAAGUCUUUGAACCUAUCAUAAAAGAAUACCAUGGGAUGGACAAAAUACCUGCGCACGUCUCCAAUCUGGAUUCUCGAUGUUUGACGUCCGUGAUUCACAACGAAGCAUCGAUUCUGUCUACUAGAUGCAGGGUGGUCAGGAACCUCUAUGGUUACGGAUUCCCCCCAGGUAUGUCACGGGAGAAACGCCUGGAAGUAGAGCGUAUCUUGGUGACCGCACUAGAGAGCCUUGGAGGGGACCUUAGCGGGACCUACUAUCCCUACGAUACAAUGACGAGCUCAGAAAAACAAAGUCUUAUAAAGGAUGGAUAUCUUUUUCAGGAGAGUGAUAAGUACCAGGCAGCUGCAGGGAUAUGUCGAGACUGGCCGGAAGGACGGGGCAUCUUUUACAACAAUGCAAAGACGUUUUUGGUGUGGGUAAACGAGGAGGAUCAUCUUAGGAUCAUAUCUAUGCAGAAAGGAGCAGACGUCCAGCAAGUAUUUAAUCGUUUGUGUCGUGGCAUCCAUGCCAUCGAUAAACGUCUGCUGAACAAUGCACAGACUGCGUUCGCGUUUGACAAGCAGUAUGGGUACCUGUCCAGCUGUCCUACCAACCUUGGCACAGGUAUGCGUACAAGCGUGCACAUGCGUGUGCCGAACGCGUUUAACACAGCUGCUGAAUUCAAAAGCACAUGCGGUCAGCUUGGGUUGGACGUCAGGGGCAAACAUGGAGAAACCUCUGAGGCCAGUGAAAAGGCAGUCUGUGACGUGUCCAACCGCCAGCGGAUGGGUCGUACUGAAGUGGAGCUGCUGAAAAUACUGAUUGAUGGCAUCAAUUCCCUGAAUCAAUAUGCCAUAUCGGGCUAG